GCGCUUCGGUGUCCUCCCCUCCCUUCCCUCCCGUCACCAGCAAAGCAUAGCCAGCUCCGCGCGCCAUGAGAGAUCCCAAGCUACCCCGGCCGCCGGCUCCGGCGGCGGCGGCGGCGAGGCGAGGAGCCCCCACCUUCACCGGCAAGCUCCGGCGGCACUCCGCCUGGCUCCUCCUCCUCUGGUUCGCGCUCUCCGUCUACCUCUUCCUCUCCGCCGCCCCGCCCGCCGCCUCCCCGCUCCGCCCCGCCUUCCUCCUCCCCCGCUCCCUCGCCGUCACCUCCACCAAACCCCCCGUCCGGAUCUACGUCUACGACCUCCCCUCCCGCUUCAACCGCGACUGGGCCGCCGCCGACCCCCGGUGCGCGCGCCACCUCUUCGCGGCCGAGGUCGCGCUGCACGAGGCGCUCCUCAGCUACCCGCCCGCCCGUCCCGAGGACGCCGACCUCUUCUUCGUCCCGGUCUACGUCUCCUGCAACUUCUCCACCCCCAACGGGUUCCCGUCCCUCUCCCACGCGCGCGGGAUGCUGGCCGACGCCGUCGACCUCGUGCGCCGGGACGCGCCGUUCUGGAACCGCUCCGGCGGCGCCGACCACGUCUUCGUCGCGUCCCACGACUUCGGCGCCUGCUUCCACCCCAUGGAGGAUGUGGCCAUUGCGGAUGGCAUACCGAAGUUCCUGAAGAGAUCAAUCCUGAUACAGACAUUCGGUGUACAUGGUCCUCACGUGUGCCAGGAAGCGGAGCACGUGGUUAUCCCCCCACACGUGCCUCCGGAGGUUGCCCUCGAGCUACCAGAGCCGGAGAAGGCAAGAAGGGAUAUUUUUGCCUUCUUCCGGGGUAAGAUGGAGGUCCACCCCAAGAACAUCAGUGGCCGCUUCUACAGCAAGAAGGUGAGGACUGAGCUACUACAGCGUUAUGGUCGUAAUAGCAAGUUCUACCUUAAGCGGAAGCGGUAUGAUAACUAUCGAUCAGAGAUGGCCCGUUCUGUAUUUUGCCUCUGCCCGCUGGGCUGGGCACCAUGGAGCCCUCGGCUCGUGGAAUCUGUACUUCUGGGCUGUGUUCCUGUCAUAAUUGCUGACAAUAUACGCCUGCCGUUCCCUUCUAUCCUUCGGUGGCCAGACAUCUCGUUGCAGGUGGCUGAGAAGGAUGUCGCCAGUCUUGAGACUGUGCUAGACCAUGUUGUGGCGACUAACUUGACUGCAAUACAGAGGAACCUCUGGGAUCCUGCAAAGCGUAAGGCGCUUGUCUUCAACCGACCUCUGGAAGUGGGAGAUGCCACAUGGCAAGUGUUGAGGGAGCUUGAAAUUUUGCUAGACCGAUCUCAGAGGAGUUAUGUUGGAUCUUGGAGGUGAAAACUAGACAUUGAAGCACACUAACAAGGAUAUUUGGUUGGCUGCUGACAUCUCUGUUCAGUUGCAGCUGUGCAACAACGGUGUAGAGCUUACAAUUUUACCUAACUAACAGAAUCAGAUGUUGAGCAUGAGCUCUACCAGUGACAUGGUUUUUCCUUGCUAGAAGGUCAGAACAUCGGUUCCUCACAUUUCAUCCCAAUAUUUAGUGCUGAAUUGGACGGUUUGUGAGUCAUGUAGUGUAACAACAGAAUAGUGAUGGGCUGACAAGUGGGGCAAGGUCUGUACAGGAAAUUAGUUUUAUUCAUUUAGUUGUAUUUAUUAGUAGUGUGAAGAGCCUGAUUGAGAGGAAGAUUAAACAUUGUAUUAUAGAGGGAGGUAUGCAAACAUGAUCUGUGGAUAUACUUGUAGAGUUGUUCAACUGUUA